CCGGCGGUUAUGUGACGGAUUAGAUUUGGCACUGGUGACGGAUACGUAUAAUUUCCCCGACGAUAAGAGCGAUAACCAAUUGUUAUUUCCCGUUCAGAACCGCCUAAUGUGUGUACUAUGUGCCUGUGAAUCCUAUGACUGAAGCAUUUUUUUUUCCAGAUACACUUUUUUUUUAGCCUGAAGUGGUCGUGCGAGCGGACGCUGUUGGGAAAGUAGGUGGGAACAGCCCUUUCAUUGACUUGGAUGGAGGGCUACCGUGCGAGACACUCCGUUAUUUCGUGGAUUAAGUCGGUGUGGAGAAAGAGCGGGGAAAAAGUGAAUGUAAGGUUGAGCAGCGUGAACGUCUACCUGACUGAGAUUUGAUCUGAGGUGGCCGGCGCAGCCACUUGAAAGCACUCGGCUGCAUAGACAAUCGCUCAGGUAAAUAGAGCAAGUCAGUUUUAAUGCGGACGGAAGCUCGCAGUCGUGCGAGGCGCGUCGACGUGCGGCUGGAGAAUGGCACGGUGUUCGGCGCUCCAGUGGGGCACGCAAGCACUCGGUCAUUUUGAGGGGCAUCGGGCGAAUUGCGUAGGAAUUUGACUGUCUCUCCGGCACGGCUCUUUUGGAUUUGUUUUACCACAAGAAAAGAGGGAGCGACUGGAUUCGUAGAUUUUCACCGAAUGCCAACCUAUGGUGUGUUUUCUGAGGACAGUAAGGAUAUGGGCUGUGUGGAGUUGGAUGCUUUCCGUUCAAGCGCUCCUUGCUUCAAAAUGAUUUAGUGUAAAUCAGAUGGGGCAGAAUAGAACAGCGACAUGGGAAAAUACGACAUGUGAGGAGAUUCAGUUCCCCUGACACUCAGUGCUCCUAGCAGGGCUGACAUUCCCUCUUCAAGGUUUCUGAACCUGAUUUACAAUGGAAAAACUGCUUGUCUGCCUGUUGGUUAUUGGAAUGGCAGUGAAGGCCCAGAUCUGUCCCAAACGCUGCGUCUGUCAAAUCCUCUCCCCCAACCUCGCUACACUCUGUGCCAAAAAAGGGCUGCUGUUCGUUCCACCGAACAUUGACCGGCACACGGUGGAGCUGCGGCUCGCUGACAACUUCGUCACCAGCGUCAAGCGGAAAGACUUUGCCAAUAUGACCAGACUGGUUGACCUCACCCUGUCAAGGAACACAAUAAGCUACAUCACGCCAUAUGCAUUCGCAGACCUGGAAAACCUGCGCGCCUUGCACCUGAACCACAACCGUCUCACUCGGAUAGGCAACGACACGUUCAGCGGCAUGUCCAAGCUCCAUCACCUAAUCCUAAACAACAAUCAACUGACCCUCAUCCACCUGGGAGCCUUCAAUGACCUUCUGGCCCUGGAGGAGCUGGAUCUGUCUUACAACAACCUAGAGACAAUUCCAUGGGAGGCUAUCCAGAAGAUGACCAGUCUGCACACGCUCAGUCUGGACCACAACAUGAUCGAUUACAUACCUGAAGGUACCUUCUCUCUCUUACAAAAGCUCAAUCGCCUGGACGUGACCUCCAAUAAGCUCCAGAAGCUUCCGCCGGAUCCUCUGUUCCAGAGGGCACAAGUGCUGGCGACGUCCGGAGUGCUCCAUCCCUCCUCCUUUGCACUGAGCUUCGGAGGAAACCCUUUACACUGUAACUGUGAGCUCCUCUGGCUUCGGCGUCUAAGUCGUGAGGACGACCUGGAGACAUGCGCUACUCCACUUCACCUCACCGGGCGCUACUUCUGGUCUAUCCCAGAGGAGGAGUUCCUCUGUGAGCCACCCCUUAUCACCCGUUACUCUCAUGAGAUGAGGGUGCUGGAGGGGCAGAGAGUGACACUGAAGUGCAAAGCCAGGGGCGAUCCUGAGCCAGCCAUUCACUGGAUAUCCCCUGAGGGCAAGCUGGUGUCGAACUCCUCACGUACUGUGGUCUAUAACAAUGGCACUCUGGAUAUCCUGAUCAGCACAGUGAAGGACACAGGCUCUUUCAGCUGCAUCUCCUCCAACCCGGCUGGGGAGGCACACCAAACUGUGGACCUGUUGAUUAUUAAGCUCCCCCACAUUAGCAACAGCACCAAUAACAUCCAGGAGCCAGACCCCGGCUCCUCUGACAUCUCCACCUCCACCAGGACUGGAGCCAAUGGCAGCAACCACACCGGAGACACAAAGACGAACCCAGACAAACGGGUGGUCAUAGCAGAAGCCACCUCUUCCACUGCACUCAUCAAGUUCAACUUUCAGAGGAAUAUACCUGGAAUUCGUAUGUUUCAGAUCCAGUACAAUGGCACUUUUGAUGACUCCCUUGUUUACAGAAUGAUCCCACCCACAAGUAAAAACUUCCUGGUGAACAACUUGGCAGCCGGGACCCAGUAUGACCUGUGUGUUCUGGCGAUCUAUGACGAUGGGAUCACAUCUCUGACUGCUACUCGAGUGGUGGGCUGUGUGCAGUUCACCACUGAGUCGGAGUACCUCAGGUGCCACUUUAUGCAGUCGCAGUUUCUGGGAGGUACCAUGAUCAUCAUCAUCGGUGGCAUCAUCGUCGCCUCCGUCCUCGUCUUCAUCAUCAUCCUCAUGAUCCGCUACAAGGUGUGUAAUGGCAGUGACCGGGCCAAGGGAACAGCAGUCACCAGCAUGCACUCUCAAACCAAUGGGGCCCAGGCCCAGAGCUGCGCUGUCACUCCCUCCGCAUCGAAGCAUGCCACCCUGGGGUCAGAUGGGGCCUGCCAGAAAGGCAUGGCUGGCCCUCCGGACUCGCUGGCCCACUCCUCAGAGACUGACAUUCCUGACUGCCCCACCACUGCCUCUCAGGUGAGCCCGAGCUGGCCCGCGGCCACUUCCUCGGGGUCCCUGAAGCCAAAUCGCAGGCCGGCGCCCAACCCAGCAGCGGCUGCAAGCGCCGAGGCCCAGACGGAAGUACUGCCCGGCGCUGAGACUCACAACACCAACCGCAACAACUCCACCGCCCUGCAGCAGCCCCUGCUGCCUGGCCCAUCCUCUGGCUCCGCCCAUGGCCCCAUCCUGUCCCUCCCCUCCCGCUUCAAAGACACCCCCAUCCUGAGGAGGGCACACCCCCGGCCCUCUGUGACCAAGUAUAUGACACUGCCGACGGAGGGGGUGAGAGCAAAGCGCAGGUAUUCUCUAAACGAGGACUUGACCAAACACCAUUGCUAUCUUGGCAAACAGAAAUUUGGGAAUAUGUGGUCCAAACGGAGUCUAUCUAUGAAUGGAAUACUUGUCCAGAUGGGGAAUGUGGAUAUAGAUGGUAGCAAAGCCAUGUAUUCCAGUUCAGAGUGGAUCCUAGAGAGCACAGUGUGAAUAAAUGGGGGCUAGAGACAGUGUGCCACUACAUCUUAAGAGUGUGCGUGUGCAUGUGCAUGUGUGCGUGCGUGUGUGUGUGUAAGUUUGCGUGUACAUAUGUGUGUGUUUAUGAGUGAGGUACACAACUGUAUGUACUACACUAGUGUGUGUUUGUGCGUACAUAGUAUGUGAGUCUAUCUGCGUGUCAACGGGUCUGAGCAUUUGUAUGCAUGUGAGUUUUGCAUCAUUUUUUUUUUCUCUCGUUCCAUGCCACCUUUUCUGUUGCAUUUUGUAGUUUUUAAUUGAAAGGUACCUGAAAGCCCAUGGAGAAAGAGGAUGCCGGCUUGGAGGGAGUUGCACCUGUGGAUCACGCUGACAGUCACCUCUAGUACCAUAGCAACUGCCACCAUAGCAACUGCCCCCUGACCCUAACGCUUCCCUUCCCCAUCCACCCACCUCCAUCCUGCUCUUUGAGCAUCUUGGUGAGAGAAAUUGGUGCCUUCCUAUGUUCUCUUGUCAGGAGCACCAACUGGAAAUGAGCUUUGGCCCAUAGGGAAUCUGGACUGAGUGCAGCCAGAGAUAUUUCACAAAAAAGCCUUUCUAUUCAAGGGAAUAACAUUUCCUGUAUACUACACAGACGCUGAAAACGACAAUUAAAGACUUGAAGCUUGGACCUGUUAUUAAAUUGAUAUUUUUUAAAGAAAAAAAUCAAGUUUUUUUUUUUUUUUUUUUCGGUGACACUGAUAUUGCCUUUAUUUGAAGGCACAAAAAAAAAAAAUCUGUGUACAGAAAGACAACAUCUACUGUGUUGUUAUGUUGUGUAAAAUAAA